AUGAAGAAAAUUAAAAAGUAGAAAAAUCAAAGAUCAAAGUAUAAUAGAGUAAAUUCUAAUGAAAGAGCACUUAUAAUCUAAUAUAUUGAGGAAUACAAAUAUUCAACCUCUCAUGUAUAAUAAAAUAAUUUUUUCAGGUCUCUUUGAUAACAGGGCACAACAUUUCUACUAUUAAAGCCAUUUAUUCUGUGUAUAAAAAGGAAGGCAGAGUCCAAAAAAAGGAAAAAAGAGAUAAAAUUUUAUAUAUAACCACUUAAGUAUUGUUACUAGUGGUGGAUGAUACGUAUAUAAUUGAUUAUAAUUUAAGAAAAGAAAGUUGUGUUCAAUUAGGUGAAGAAAUUCAAAAGUUCGAAGCUAUUAAAGAGUAAGACAAGAAAGUAGGAGAUUCCAAAGAAAAAAUGAUUAAAGAAUUGCUUUAAAACAAGAAAUGCUAAAUUUUAUGCUUGCUUCCAAACGAAUAGGCUGUUUCCAAUUUUACUUUAGAUAUGAAUACUAUAGACUAAUAGAAAACCUUAUCAAAUGAGUUUCUUAACAUAGAAAACAAUUUAAACUUAAAAUGCAGUCAAUAAUAAUCGUUAAAAUAUUUAAGAAACAAAUAACUAGAAAUUUUUUCUAGUAUAACUUAAAUCCCCGAAAUGUAAAAUAAUAGCUUAUACUCAUAACUAUUAAGCAAACUUAAUGUAUAGCAUAAAUUAAUGAGAAUGUGA